AAGUGUUCCGAUUGGACUGGUCUUCGUCACCGAGCGUUACCAUCUAGAACCAAUCUAGGAAAGUUCUCGAAUAUUGUAAUAAUUAGUUUGUUGUUUGGGUAGCCUACUGGUUUGUACAAAUAAUAUAUGAUGUCGGAAGAAAAUAAGAAGAAGGCAGAAGAGCUAAAGAUGAAAGGUAACAAAUGUCUGGAAAGUGGUGAUGUCGAAGAGGCUAUCAAGUUGUAUUCAGAGGCUAUCAAUCUUGACUUAAAAAACCACGUUCUGUACAGCAAUCGGUCAGCGGCUCUCACCAAGUGUGGUAAAUACCUGGAGGCGCUAGGAGAUGCUGACCAGACGAUCAAGUUAAAGUCAGACUGGUGCAAGGGCUACUCCCGUAAAGGUGCAGCAUUGUCUUAUAUGAAUCGGUUUGAUGAGGCUGCUGAGGUCUACAAGGAAGGUUUGAAGCUUGAUCCCGAAAACAAGCAACUGAAAGAUGGACUUAAAGAGGCCAGCAACAACCUUACAGGUCCAGGUAAAAGUCAGCCAAUGAUGAAUCCAUUUGCUGAUCCCAAUCUCAUGGCUAGGCUCGAAGCUCAUCCAAAAACUCGCGAGUUUCUCAAGCAGCCGGAUUACAGGAUGAUGAUCCAGCUGAUGCAGCAAAGUCCCGGAGGACUUCAGAACAUGCAAGAUCCUCGGAUCAUGACCACACUUGGAAUUUUACUUGGACUGGAAUUUGAUGAGAAAGCAACAGAGGAGAAAAGAGAACACUCAAGCAGUAAUGAUUCCAUGGCGAAUGACAAACCUACAACAAAUGGAACUACAUCAUCUUCUUCGUCAACAUCAUCAUCAGCAUCGUCACUGACAUCUGACCAGAAAGAGGCUUUAGAGGAAAAGGAAAAAGGAAAUGCUGCAUACAAGAAGAAAAAUUUUGAAGAAGCACUCCAGUGUUACAACAGAGCUUUUGAGCUUGAUCCCACUAACAUCACACUUCUGACCAAUAAAGCAGCUGUGUAUUUUGAACAAGGGGAAUAUGACAAGUGUAUUGAAGAAUGUGAAAAGGCUGUAGAAUUUGGCCGAGAACAAAGAUCAGAUUUCAAAUUGAUUGCCAAAGCUCUUGCACGUAUUGGAAAUGCAUAUUUGAAAAAAGAUGAUCUACAUAAAGCAAAAAUAUAUUAUGAUAAAUCCUUAUCAGAACACAGAAUUCCAGAAAUGGUGAAGAAAUCUAAUGAGUUGGAAAAGGAAAUCAAAGAAAAAGAAAGAUUAGCAAUGGUUAAUCCAGAACUAUCAUUACAAGAAAAACAGAAGGGAAAUGAGUUAUAUCAGCACGGGAAGUAUCCUGAAGCUGCAAAAUGUUACACUGAAGCAAUUAAAAGGAAUCCUGAUGAUCCUAAACUUUACAGCAACCGUGCAGCCUGUUAUACCAAACUGAUGGAGUUCGAACUAGCACUAAGGGAUUGUGAUACGUGCAUAAGACUUGAUCCUACAUUCAUUAAAGGUUACUUACGGAAAGGAGCCAGUCUUCUUGCUAUGAAAGAAACGACUAAAGCUGCAGUAGCCUUCCAGAAAGCUCUCGAUCUUGAUGCCAGUUGUCAGGAAGCGAUUGACGGUUACAGAAAGGCAAUGCUGGCUGAGAACAGUGACCCUGACGCGGUACGGAAGCGAGCGAUGGCUGACCCUGAAGUACAGCAGAUUCUUCAAGACCCGGCCAUGAACAUGAUCUUACAGCAGAUGACCAAGGACCCCGACGCUGUUAGAGAACAUUUGAAGAAUCCUGCUGUUGCAGCCAAAAUACAAAAGUUGAUGGAAGUGGGAAUUAUUGCAAUUCACUGACGAAAUGACAAAUCUUGAAAAAAAAAAAAAAAAUUCUCAAUCACAAUACUUCACGGCGAAGACAUUCAUUCAUCCAUUCAUUUUUCUGUGACUGAUAUGUUUUUGUGAAAAUACAAAUAAUAAUAAUGAUAACCAAACCACAUUAAUGUGGCUCUUUGCUUGUUUGUUAAUUAAAAUUGAUAAUAAUAAUAUAUAGCAGGAACUAAAACUAGAAAGUCAUUCUUUGCCCAUUUUAUGCUCUCUAGUUGUGUAGUCUUUUUGAGUCUAAAUUGACAGAUUAUUAAGUUUGUUUAUAGGCGAGGCAGAAGUAUAUAACUGGAAACUAUUACAAUGCUGUUUUGAUGACAAUAUAGCGAUGGUCAUUUAUUUAUUAGACCAUGGUGAACAAAUUCAAAAGGGAAUGCUUAACAAAUCUCCAUAACGGGCAAUUGAUGCAGGUUACUCUUCUAAAUCUAAAGAAAGGGAAGUGGUUCUUGUUUUUUUAUUAACCAAAUAGUAACAAAAUUAUUUCUGCAUAGAAUAUGAAAUAAAGUUUAUAUAUGUCCAGAAUCAAGACUAGCAUCAUGCUAAAUUGUCUUCAAAAUAUUUUUUUUAAAUUCAGACAAUCCACUGAAGAAAAAAAAAUUGUAAUUUUGAACAAUACAACAGUCCUUUAUUGUUCAUAACUAGUGUAAAGGUCAUUCCAUCCCAAAAAGUUAUAUCUUUGAGCAGUGACAGACAUUUUUGAAAUUUAUGUAGUCAUAUCUUGACAAUGCAUAUAGUGGUUGCAGGAUACAACCUUGAUAGCUUUAGACAUUAUUAACACCGGGGUGGAAGAGAUGUAUUUGUGAAGGGAAAGGGUGUUUGUUAAAGAGUUACAUAAUGUUUUCAAAACAAUAGCAUUUUUAUUCAUAAAUUAUAAUGCAGUCACACAUGGCCAUUUAUUUCCUUAAUGAAUUUUUAAAAAUGUUAUUUUUGUCAUAAAACAAUUAGUUUUUUCACAAACAAUCCAAUAAUGUUGGUCGUUUUGGGUUAGUUUGACAGGUCAGGGGAUAGAGGGAGGUGUAGGGGAUAGAGGGAGGUGUAGGGGAUAGAGGGAGGUGUAGUCUUUGUGUUACAGGUUACCAGUCAUCAUGUGUGAAGGUAGUAAUAAAAUGCCAGAUUUUGCAUUAUAUAAUUGUUGAACAGCCCCCAGUGGUAUUUGUUGUGUUGUACAUUAAUUGUUAACUACACCUGUGUGAUCACAUACUGAAGUUUAAACAUAUUUCCAGCUUUUAAAAAUUAAACUUGUAACAAACUGC